GCACACAUCGGCAUCCUGUUCACCGGGUCACAUCACACCUGAGGAUGGCGUCUCUCCAUGUGUUUCUUUGUCUUCUGGGACUGGUUGCCCUGUGCAACUCUGCCUGUCUGUUUGUGCCGUUAGAGAUCAAAGAUUUGAAUAACCCACCAAAAGGCUGUCUGGACAGGGAUGGAAAGCAGUACGAUUUUGGCUCUCAAGUGGUGAUCAACUGCAUGUCGUGCUCCUGUACAAAUGAAGGCUUCAGCUGCUGCGACAUGAUCCCUAGUCCAAAUACAGUGGAGAUUCCUGUGGAGUGUGAGAUGAUUGUAAAUAGGCAGGCCUGCUCUGUCAAGCUGGUGCUGAAGUCAGACAACACAAAGGAGUGUGGCAUUGUCUAAACACACUACAAAGUGACCUUCAAACUUGCAAUAGGUCUUUUUCAUGUUUCACAUUUUAUCAACUAGUUGAUGAUGUGCACAUACAAUGAAAUACCAAUAAACAAAACUGCUUCCACUCCA